AUGGCUACCGUCGAGGUUGAACAAGUGACUCCAGUAGUAGCUGAGAACGUCGUCGAGAUGCCACCACCAAAGACAGUGGAACCGGAGGAAACCACAGCCGUCGUCGCCGCCGUGGCCGAGUCUGCUCCAGCUCCAGUGACAGAACCUGAAGCUCCCGUCGAAGUAACGACUAAAGACGUGGUCGUGGAAGAAACAGAGAAACCAACUGAAGAAGUGACAGAAUCUGAAGCUCCCGUCGAAGUAACGACUAAAGACUUGGUCGUGGAAGAAACAGAGAAACCAACUGAAGAAACAGAGGAAACCAAAACAGAGGAAAUCAAUACAGAGAAACCAACUGCAGAAACAGAAGAAAGCAAAACAGAGACUGAGGAGAUCAAGAAAGAGGAAGAAGCUCCAGUUGAAACUCCGGCGGUCGUGGAGAAAGAGAUCAAAACAGAGGAGGUUGUAGAGACUAAGAAAGAGGAAGAGGAAGAAGAAAAGAAAACAGAGGAAACUCCGGCGGUUGUGGUGGAAGAGAAGAAACCAGAAGCAGAAGAGGAGAAACCCACAGAAGUAGCCAGCGUGGAAGCUGUGGCCGCAGCUCCGGCGGAAGUUGCGGUGGAGAAGGCUGCUGAGUAA